UUAAUGGUCUAUUGGAUCAUUGAAACAAGAGGCAUCCAGAAUGAGCCAACCAUUCGGCGCCAUCAUGAUUUCGAUGCAGAACGGGAUGCCAAGAAACUACAAAAAGCUUGCAAAGGGAUGGGAACAGAUGAAACGGCAAUUAUUGAAAUCCUAUCAAAUCGAUCAUCAGACCAGAGGCAACAAGUAAAACAGAAGUACAAGACCAUGUAUGGCAAGGAUUUGGAAGAGGUACUGAAAGGAGAACUAAGUGGGAAUUUUGAAAAGACAGCCUUGGCUCUGUUGGAUCGUCCAUGUGAAUAUGAUGCCAGAGAGCUUCGGAAAGCAAUGAAAGGCGCAGGAACUGAUGAAUCGGUGCUGAUUGAGAUUCUUUGCACCAGGGUCAAUAAGCAAAUUGUAGACAUAAAGGAUGCAUACAAAAGGCUCUUUGAGCGGGAUCUAGAAUCUGAUGUAAAAAGCGACACAAGUGGCUCCCUAAGGAAGAUUCUGGUUUCUGUGCUACAGCUGAAGGGGAAAGACAUUGAAGAUGCCAUUAAAAGUGAAACAUCUGGAGAUUUGGAGAAGGCCUUUCUCACUCUUGUGAGAUGUGCCAGAGAUUGCCAAGGCUACUUUGCCACCCGUCUGUAUGAGGCAAUGAAGGGCGCAGGGACAGAGGAGGAGACUUUGAUUCGCAUCCUCGUGACUCGGGCUGAGAUUGACCUUCAAACAAUAAAGGAGAAGUUCCAGAAAAUGUACAACAAGUCCUUAGCGGAGGCCAUCAAAUCAGACACCUCUGGGGACUUCAGAAAGCUGCUAGUGGCACUGCUACACUAAGACUGCUGUCACAAAGGGAGAGACAUGAGAAGAAGCCACCUUCUUGACCAGCUUCCAAGUAGCAUGCAAAAAAUGUGGCACUAGCAAUAAAAAAAAACAACAACCAAAAAAAACAGUUUAUUUUCUUUACAGCGGGGGAACAUGUUACCAGGUAACCCUUGUGUUACCUGGGUGUGAG